CCGCGGAAUCCUUCCACGGCUUCUUCGAUCUGUCCCUGUGAAAAUCCUCGUCCCUUUCCAAUUCAAACUACGAAAAUCCCAGAUUUUAUACGCCUGAAUAUUUUUCCAUAGCUUAGUGAUACCUCCACAGAGAGACAAGAACAGGGAGAGAAUGGAUAUGGUGAGAUUGCGGUGGGCGGUGGAUGGUAUCGCAUGGAGAGGAAUGGCGUUUACUGUAUUUAUACUUCAUUUUGUGUUUGUUUGCCAGCUCUUACUUCUCCAACCUCUUGUUUCUGCUUCUGACGGGAAAAGUGGGAAUGUUGCGGAUUUGCUUGAAAAGGUGGAGCGAAGUGUAAAGGUGAAGCGUUAUAGCGAGGCCCUUGAUGAUCUUAAUGCAGCCAUUGAAGCAGAUCCAACACUUUCAGAAGCAUACUUUCGUCGAGCUUCUAUUCUCCGUCAACUAUGCAGAUAUGAAGAAUCCGAAAGGAGCUAUAAAAAAUAUCUUGAGCUAAAACCAAGACAUUCAACAGCAGAGAAGGAGCUUUCUCAAUUACAUCAGGCUCAGAGUGCUCUGGAUACAGCUUUUACUCUCUUUGAUUCAGGCGAUUAUGCAAAAUCACUGGAAUAUAUCGAUAAAGUUGUACUUGUUUUUUCUCCAGCGUGCUCAAAGGCUAAACUCCUAAAGGUUAGAUUGCUGCUAGCAAUUAAAGACUAUUCUGCUGCCAUCGCUGAAAGUGGAUAUAUUCUCAAGGAAGAUGAAAGUAAUCUGGAGGCAUUACUGCUCCGUGGCCGUGCCUACUACUAUUUAGCAGAUCAUGAUGUAGCUUCAAAGCAUUUCCAAAAAGGUCUGCGUCUUGAUCCAGAACAUAGUGAGCUGAAGAAAGCAUACUUUGGGUUGAAAAAUUUACUCAAGAAGACUAAAAGUGCAGAAGAUAAUGAAAAUAAGGGCAAGCUGCGUGUUGCAGUAGAGGACUAUAAAGCAGCUCUUGCAUUGGACCCUGAUCACCUUGCAUAUAAUGUUCAUCUCCAUCUAGGCUUGUGUAAGGUAUUGGUAAAGCUUGGCAGGGGCAAAGAUGCUUUGAAUAGCUGCACAGAAGCACUUAACAUUGAUGGGGAGCUUCUUGAAGCUUUAGUUCAGAGGGGUGAAGCUAAAUUAUUAGUAGAAGACUGGGAAGGAGCUGUUGAAGAUCUCAAAUCAGCAGCUGAGAAAUCACCUCAGGAUAGGGAUAUAAGGGAAAAAUUAAUGCAAGCAGAGAAAGCUUUAAAGAUGAGCAAACGGCAAGACUGGUACAAGAUUUUGGAAGUAUCAAAGACUGCCUCUAUGUCUGAGAUAAAGCGUGCCUAUAAAAAGCUUGCUUUGCAAUGGCACCCAGAUAAGAAUGUUGAUAAUAGAGAAGAAGCAGAGGCCAAGUUCCGAGAUAUUGCUGCUGCAUAUGAGGUUCUUAGUGAUGAAGAUAAGCGUGCAAGAUAUGAUAGAGGAGAAGACUUGGAAGAAAUGGGGAUGGGUGGUGGUGGUGGUGGUGGUUUUAACCCUUUUGGCGGUGGAGGUCAACAGUUCACAUUUCAGUUUGAAGGAGGCUUUCCUGGCGGUUUUCAAUUCCAUUUUUGAUAUAAGAUAAAUAUGGGGUUAUUCCUUUUUCCCCCUUUUUUCUCCUUCAUGAUGCCAUCCUACACUAAUUUGAUCAACACUAACACAUUAUAUGUCAACCGUUAAAAAAGAGGCUUGUUAAAUGAUUGAUGCAUCCGUAAACAAAGUUUUGCUCCCAAUCUCCCAUGAUGUUCAAAACUCUGGAAUUUGCAUUUGAUUGAUUAAGGAAACAUGAGCAUAUCAUGAAA